GCCCAGGUUGGGGCUUCUUACUUUCCCCAUGCCUCUGAGAGACCCCGUCACCAUGUCGCCAUCCGCCCCCGAAGCGAAGUCGAAGAAGGACGGCUCAGCGGCCGCCCUAGUCGCGCCAGCAGCGACAGCGACCAGCUCAAGCUCCAGCGUCGGCGUUGGCUCCUCCCACGAUGCGGCCAGCGGGCCCCUCGGCUACGUAGCGGCGUCCAUACCGGCGCUGCAGAUCCAGAUCUUCGCCGUGUUCUUCAGCCAGCUGGUGCAGGAUCCCGUGGCCACCAUGGGGCGCUCCAUGCUCCCCAUAAUGGUCAUUAUCCAAGUCGCCUACGCUGUCCUCUUCCUGCCUGUCGCCGGCUCCUCGAGGUCGCAGCGCAAGACGCGCCCAGGCGAGAAGAAGAAGGCUGGCCCCGCCGGCAGUGAGCCGAACAUCAUAAUGGCCGCUCUCCUCUCACUCCUCCUCACCCUGAUCGCGACGCCACCUCUGCACGCCACCAUGGUGCUCUUCGGCGCACCCUUUCUCACCCACGUACCACACACAUUCCUCUGCGCCGCGCACCUCUCGAUUCUCGCCCUCUUCCCUCUCUUCUACACGCGCGGCGUCGAUGCCGCCGCCUGGCGCGCCCUUGUCGGGCUUCGGGCGCCCUUUGAUGAGUCGGUCGGUGCGCUCGCGGGCGCGUUUCUUGGCGCCUGGCUCGGCGCUGUGCCCAUCCCGCUCGACUGGGAUCGUGACUGGCAGCGCUGGCCCGUCACCGUCCUCGCCGGCGUCUAUGCAGGCUACACCAUCGGAUCUUACGCUGGUAGGACUGUACUGAAAGGGAGGAGAUUUUGAAGGGGGAUAUGGUACUACGGCGCGGGCGCCUGUGAGCCCCUCGAAAGGCAUAAACAAGGUCAUUGCUGCAUGCGACAGGGCCAACCUGCGCCAUGGUCUUUUGUGACGGUAGUAGGCUGCUUAGCCCACGCAGGUUUUUGCUCCUGAACACAGGCUGUUCGUGAAUGGGGACGAACCCUCUAUGUAUCGAAUGUACAUGGCACUAGAAUUUCUCAGCGUCGGAGCAUAGGUACACCCGGGGGACAAAAGUACCGCUCGUUUUUCCAAAACAAAAAAAAAAAUUCACCGCCAAAUUGUGCAAGGAAUACCAGCGCCC